GUGGAUGGCAGCGCAAUCGCCGGCGGCAGUACCACCAGCAAGGCGUUCGACAUCAAGAACCCGAAGACUGGGAAGAAGCUUGACCGCGAGGCCCCUGGGUUCCGCACGCCUCUUGGCCUGCCAGCGUUGCCGAUCAACCUCGCCAUCACCGUCGCCAUCGCCAUCGCCAUCGCCAUCGCCGGGCCUGAUGCACUGGCAGGCUCGCCGCCACGGCUCGCCGCCACGGCUCGCCGCCACGGCUUGCCGCCACGGCUCGCCGCCACGGCUCGCCGCCACGGCUUGCCGCCACGGCUUGCCGCCACGGCUCCAACCGCCCCAGUCUCGCCAGCGAGGCAGCGGACGCUGUCCGCUGGCUCGAGGCUCGCGGGCGAGGCCAGGGUAG